GGUUUAUUUAGAGAGGAGAAACCUGCAGUCUCUCUAAUCAUCUAGAUCUCUGCCAGUCCACCACCAUGUACCUGAACCUCCUCAUCCUCCUCCAACUCCUUUCAUCUGCUGGAGCCUCUGAGAGUGGUAUUGUGGGUGGUAAGAUAGUUAAGCCCCACUCAAGGCCCUAUAUGGUCUCUCUGCAACACAGAGGACACCAUGUUUGUGGAGGAAUGCUCAUCCGGGAGGACUUUGUCCUGACUUCAGCACACUGCUUAAGGAGUGAUUAUCCUUUAACGGUGGUUCUUGGAGCUCACAACCUAACCAAAGAAGAGAAGAAGAGUCGGCAAGAGAGGAAGGUGGUACAUUACCAUCGGCAUCCCUUACAUGAGAAUAUAACGCAGUUAAGUUACGACAUCAUGCUACUGAAGUUACAUACCAACGCCGUUCUGAAUGAGUAUGUGAAGGUCAUUGGACUACCCAAUAAAGAUAAACGUAUCCCAGCCAGAACCAAGUGCUCUGUCGCUGGCUGGGGCAAGACUUCACCGGAUAGAACAUCUGGUGUUGCAGAUGUUUUGAUGGAAGUUGAAGUCACAAUGCAGUUCAACUUUGAAUGCGUAAAUAAGUGGAAAGAUUACUUUAUAAGUAGCCAAAUGAUAUGCACUGAUGAUGGACAGAAAGGCUUUUGUCAGGGAGAUUCAGGUGGACCUGUUAUUUGCAAGAACAAGAACGUGGCACAGGAUCUCUGCCAGUCCACCACCAUGUACCUGAACCUCCUCAUCCUCCUCCAACUCCUUUCAUCUGCUGGAGCCUCUGAGAGUGGUAUUGUGGGUGGUAAGAUAGCUAAGCCCCACUCAAGGCCCUAUAUGGUCUCUCUGCAACACAGAGGACACCAUGUUUGUGGAGGAAUGCUCAUCCGGGAGGACUUUGUCCUGACUUCAGCACACUGCUUAAGGAAGGCUUAUCCUUUAACGGUGGUGCUCGGAGCCCACGACUUAAAGAAGUGGAAGAAGAGUUGUCAGAAGAUUCAGGUGUCCCAUUACCAUCGGCAUCCAUUACAUGAGAAUGCAACGCAGAUCAGUUAUGACGUCAUGCUACUGAAGUUAAGGACCACAGCUCGUCUAACCGAGUAUGUGAAGGUCAUUGGACUCCCAAAGGAGGAUGAACAUAUCCCAGCAUCCCCCAAAUGCUCCGUAGCUGGUUGGGGCAAGACUAACUCGAACAACAACCAGGGUUCUGGCGUUUUGAUGGAAGUGGCGGUGACGGUGGAGGAUGACUCUGAAUGCAAGAAGGUGUGGCAGAAAUACUUUGACAAAAAACAAAUGAUGUGCACUCGUACUACCGGAGGGAAAGGAUUUUGUCAGGGAGAUUCAGGGGGACCUCUUAUUUGUAACAACAAGGCACAGGGUAUCGUUGCUUUUAAUUAUCCUGAGAGAUGUGAUGAUUCCCAAUAUCCUCAUGUGUUCAUGAAAAUCCCUUUCUUUCUGCCCUGGAUUAAAGAGGUGUUGCACGGAUAUGGUGCCAACAUGUCUUUAAACAAGCAGGAAUAAAGGACUAGGAAGGACUAUUCCUGCAUAAAUACACUUCUCAUCAUGCCCUGGAUAGAGGACAAGUUUCUGAUAAAGCUAAACCUUCACCCGUUCAUAGUUGUUAGAGAGAGAAAGAGAGACAGAGAGAAAGAGACAGACAGAGAGGGAGUGUGUGUGUGUGUGUGUGUGUGUGUGUGUGUGUGUGUGUGUGUGUGUGUGUGUGUGUGUGUGUGUGUGUGUGUGUGUGUGUGUGUGUGUGUGUGUGUGUGUGUGUGUGUGUGUGUGUGUGUGUGUGUGUGUGUGUGUAGGCUCAGUGCAGUGUCGUAGUGCAGGCUUUUGAAGGGUAUUGUGGCUCUUACUAAUUCAACAACAUGUGAUGAUCCUAAGUACCCCUGUGUUAACAAUAACAACAAUUUGUUCGUCCUGGAUUGAAGAGGUGAUCGUGGAUAUUGACAAAACUCAGUUCUAGAAUGCAUUAAUCGAUACAUUUUAACACGUUGUGUUCUAAUACAAAUGACUCUAUUUCUGCAUAGUACACCUUGUCUGUUGUAUACCUUAAGAAACAGGAAAUGCAUUUCUCAGCGGAUUUUUUAUUUUCUUUACAUUUUAAACUGUAUUAUUCUGAUCGGCACAGCUAUCCAAAUCACUGCUUUUCACUAGUUAGAACGUUAAUUAUUAAAUCAAACUUUUUCUAAAGAUAAA